AUGUUUUAUCAAAUUGGUAUCUGUUAUGGAUGUCAAAAAUGUUUGUAUUGUGGUACUACUGAAAAUUGCGAAUGUGAUAAAACUACUAAACCUACUAAAAAUAAUAGAACUGAAGAAGUAAAAACUGCAUAUUGUCGUUUUUACAAAAGUACACUUACAAAUGAACAAAAAGAAUUUUUAAAAGAUCGAAAAUCAUUAUUUAA